AUGGUCGUGGAGCAGAAUCGAAGUGCAGGGGACGAAUUCACCACAGCACCUAGAGCGCCUAGAAGUGAGGGCAAUGGAAUGGUUGCUGGCUACAGCGGUGCAUAUCAACCAACAACCAACGCGCAUCACCCCCAUCCUAGAAAGUCACCCACUGGUAUAUGGUCUGAGCAUGGACACUCCCUGAGCCAUAUCCGCCCCAUGGCUAAACACUCGGGCGCAGCAGUGGCAACCUUCUUCAAUGGACUGUUCACCACGAUCAUCGGCAUUGCCACGCUGGGCGCAAGCAUUACUUUCUCUUAUGUGCUCUCAAACAACAACAUUCCACCGUCUCCAACUUCGUCAUUCAGCACCAAACAGAUCCAACUGUUCUUGGCCAUCAGUUGGCUUUUGUUCCUGCUUGCUCUCGCAUUUGCCUCGCUAGGCUCAACGUUGCUGACGUUCUUCAAGAAUCAUUGGGUCGCCGAUUGGGACGGAACCAACGGCAAAACAAGUCAGUGGAGUGUCCAGAUGUAUGCCGUCUUUGCCAGUGGGCUUAUGGGCGCAUUGACCGUUGGAGCUUUCGUGCUGUUGUGUCUUGUGGUGGUGGCUUACUCUGCCGUCGUGGGUUGGGUUGCACUUGGCUUCACCUGCUUCUUCGGACUUGUCAUCCUGCUGGCUGUCGUGAAUCAAGCCCCCUGGCCUUGGAGGAACAACACUCCAUCAAAUCCCAGCAGACACCAGAGUGUCUAUGCAUAG